AUGUCUAACGAAAUUGAAUUGCUACAGAAGCAAGUUUCCGAAUUGCAGGAAUUAGUGAAGAAGCAAAGUCUUAUUAUCUCAAAGACUGGGGAGCGGGUUCUCGAGUUGCAAGUAUCUAAACAAAAGCAUGAUGUGUCUGAUUUCGAUUCGAAAUUCUCCAAAUCCGUCUCGAAGAAAUCAGGGUCCACUGCCCAAUUCGAUGCGACUGAUUUUGCGACAAACGAAGAUCUAGUGGAAUUGGUCAAGGAACUACAGGGAGAGCUGAAUUUCAUCGAGGAACGUUCCAUCAGAAGACUUGUCAACUCUUUGAAAAAAGAGGACAAUGAUGUUGUAGCGCCAUUACCCAAUGCAGAUGGCGAUAUCCCUGUCAUUUCUGAUGGUAUCUUCCCUAAGUCGUUAAAGGAAUUUAAAAACAUUUCGGACUUGAAUCUGGUAAGACUCGCUAAAUUUUACGAAAGAUUACCACCAACAUUAAAGGAACAAGAAGACUUCGAAAAUUUCUUAGAAGGUAAGGUGGAGGCCUUUCACAUAAAUGAAACUACUGAUGAAGAAAUUUCCAAGGAAUUGGAAAAAUUCUCGAAAGAUGAUCUAGAUGAUGCUUUCAACGAUGUUGCUCGUUAUUUAGGUCUUUCCCUUAGAAGAGGAACCGAAAUAUGGUAA